UCAAGGAAUGCCUGGUAGGAAGGAUUAAUGGCCGCCUCGUAUGCAGCAUCCACUAUCUUGCACUCGGAGAAUCCACAAUGACAUUGGUGUCAUAGGGAGUGACCUUGGUGUCAGAGAAAGCGGGACCUUGGAGGCUAACAGACUGGUCGCUUGGCCAAUUCCGUUGAUGUCGGAUUCAAUGCCAUAUGCUUCUCUCAGCUUCGUCUCUGUUCUUUGAGUCAUGCUCUCACCUUAAUCACCUCGAUCAACCAAGAAUGACUAGACGAUACCGCUGUACACUAUGGCCGUGCUUUCAUGGAUGUCAGAACCCGGGGGGGGGUAAGGGGUACAAGGCCUCCUGCUCUCAUGCAUCCAAGAAACAUGAUUUGAGACCAGACCAAACAAGAAUGACUAGCCAAUACUGCUUCACAACCAUGGCUGUGCUUCCACAACAGUCGACACUGAGAAGUGUAAGAGCCGCGAGGUCUCCUUCUCGCCAUGCCUCCCAGAACCACGAGCUGAGCUCACAAAGAAAGCGCACAACCAACACGGUCACAUCCUCAGUGACAGCUUCCAUGACAAUGUCUUUGUUCAAACCCAGCGACCAGGAGAUUGCUGAUUGCCAACUCUACUGGACAAUCCCGCGACACUCCCCGACAAUGCCUCUGUCCUCGCCGCCAAUGAGCGACUCUAUCAAAAAGACCUCCUUUAUGGCAACGGAGUUCUGCAUCAAACCCCAGUCAAAGCACACUUGAAACGGAGAUUACAACUACAGCUCCCAUGGAAUGGCUGGUUCGUGACAGACAGUGUCCCUGAUAUAAAACACUAUGCAGCCACUUGCUUGCUCAGGC